UCUACCCCAAUUUGACGGGACCGGAGAUCCCCAAGAACAUUUAAAUAACUUUUACGCCAAGCUUGACCUCUACGGCCUCAGUAACGCAGCUUACUGCAAGAUUUUUCAGACUACGCUGACUGAUCACGCACAAGUUUGGUUCAACGGCUUGCCCGGAGGGUCCUUAGACAAUCUGGACCAACUAGCGAGACAUUUCCUUAACCACGACUCAAUGAAUAAGAAAUAUGCCAAAACUGGAUCGUAUCUCUUCAAGGUCAUACAACGAGACGGAGAGCCACUCAGAGAUUACAUACAACGAUUUGUCAAAGCAGUACAUGAAUUGCGCCACGUUACUCACAAGAUGUUAGCCGGCAUACUACAACAAAAUUUGAAGCAUGUUCGUUUUCGAGAGUCCAUCACGGGCCGACCCCCUAAGACCCUGGAGGAGCUCUUGAACCGCGCUGGGAAGUACCCCUUAAAUGAAAGCGCGAGGUGGAAAGCCACAACUGUAAUAGAGAAGAAGAGAGACAUCCCAUCGAAAAUCGCACCUUCGGGAAGUUCUCACCUCAAGGAUAAACUUCUUGACAUUAUGAUCAUCGCUGAGCAGAAGGGUAUUCUUCAACCACCGAAAAGGAUGAAUGAGAAUCCAGAAAGACAAAAGUCGGAUAACUACUGUGAAUACCACAGAGAUCGGGGUCACACUACUGAGGAGUGCUUUCAGCUUAAGCAAUCACUCAAGAGACUUCUCCAAGAUGGGCACUUGAGCGAAUUCCUAGAACAAUCGCAAUCCUGAAGAAAUACUUUACUUAAUAUUUAUUAUUGCCUCACGCGGGCUCCAUGUAAUUUCUUUUCAGCAAUAAGUCGGGGGCAUAUCGUCCCGCGCAAUAUUUCCAAUCAGGUAAUAAGUCGCUAGCAUACCGCACCGCUCAAUAUUUCCAAUUAUGUAAUAAAUCGGCGGCACACUACCAGCCGCAAGAUUAUUAAUAAACUAUUUUAGCCGGUGGGAUACCGCCGCCGUAAUUUCUACAUCAA